GCACGCGGGAUACGCACCUAGUUUUCUCUUUUCUGGCCGUCCCGUUCCCAGCCCCGCCGAGAAGAGAGAGAGAGAGAGAGAGCGAGAGGAGCGUGGGAGAGCGAACGGUGGGUUGAUUGUUCCAAUGGCGGAAGCUCCGUCCGGCCUUCGGAUCCUUCUCCACCAACACGUCAAAGAGCGGGCUCCUGUUCACGUCUCCAGCCACGCCGAUCGAGACCGAGUUCUUGAAGUAUUUAGAAAUGUUAUAUUGAAGACCGAGCCCCCAGAAAAUUUUGCUCUCCAGGCUGUGCAAGAAGCUAUUAAACCUCAGAGGCAAACUGUAUUGGUCCAAGAUGAGAAUCAGUCUCUGGAAAAUGCUCUUCGAACAUUACUUCAGGAACUAGUGUCAGCUGCAGUUCAAUCAGGUGAAAGGAUGAUGCAAUAUGGACAAUCAAUUGAUGAUGGAGAAAAUAUUCGUGGGCAAAUACCAUGCCUUCUUGACAUUGUGCUAUAUCUUUGUGAACGAGGACAUGUUGAAGGUGGUAUGAUAUUCCAGCUAUUAGAAGAUUUAACAGAAAUGUCAACCAUGAAAGACUGCAAAGAAGUUUUUGCAUAUAUUGAGAGCAAGCAAGAUAUCUUGGGCAAGCAAGAGCUCUUUGGGCGAGGAAAACUUGUCAUGCUGAGGACAUGCAAUCAGCUUCUUCGAAGACUUUCAAAGGCAAAUGAUGUGGUAUUUUGUGGACGUAUUCUUAUGUUUCUUGCCCAUUUUUUCCCAUUAUCAGAGCGCUCAGCUGUUAAUAUUAAGGGAGUCUUCAACACAUCGAAUGAAACAAAGUAUGAAAAAGAUGCUCCUGUUGGGGUUGCAGUUGAUUUUAACUUCUACAAGACCUUUUGGAGUUUACAGGAGCAUUUUAGUAACCCAGCUUCCACAACACUUGCCCCAUCCAAAUGGCAAAAGUUUGCAUCUAACUUAAUGGUUGUAUUAGAUACAUUUGAAGCUCAGCCUUUGUGUGAUGAUGAUGGAAAUGUGAAUACUCUUGAACAAGAGGAAGCUACUUUCAGCAUUAAGUACUUGACGAGCAGUAAAUUAAUGGGGUUAGAGUUGAAAGAUCCUAGUUUUCGCCGCCAUAUCCUUGUUCAAUGCCUUAUAUUGUUUGACUAUCUAAAGGCACCUGGGAAGAAUGACAAAGACGGCCCCCUAGAAAGCAUGAAAGAAGAAAUUAAAGCUUGUGAAGAGCGUGUCAAGAAACUUCUAGAGAUUAUUCCACCAAAAGGGAAGGAGUUUCUUGAAAGCAUAGAACAUAUAUUAGAGCGGGAAAAGAAUUGGGUUUGGUGGAAACGAGAUGGUUGUCCGGCAUUUGAAAAACAGGCAAUUGAGAAAAAGACAGGUCAAGAUGGAACAAAAAAACGUAAGCCAAGGUGGAGACUGGGAAACAAGGAGCUAUCGCAAUUAUGGAAAUGGGCAGAUCAAAAUCCUAAUGCUCUGACAGAUCCUCAGCGUGUUCGUAUGCCCUCAGUCACCGAUUACUGGAAACCCCUUGCAGAUGAUAUGGAUGAUUCUGCUGGAAUUGAAGCCGAAUUUCAUCAUAAAAAUAAUCGUGUUUACUGCUGGAAAGGCCUUCGUUUUUCAGCUAGACAAGAUCUGGAAGGAUUUUCUCGAUUCACUGAUCAUGGAAUUGAAGGAGUUGUGCCUCCAGAACUUCUACCUCCAGAUGUUCGUUCCAAGUUUCAUGCUAAACCUAGUGAGAAGACAAAACGAGCUAAGAAGGAAGAAGUAAAAGGUGCUGCAGCACAGCCUGAUGACAACCAGGUUGCAACGCCAGCAGUGGAGACUGAUGGUGGCGGUAAUGGUACUGAGCUAGAAGAUGGAGUGGCUCCUAUGGAUUCUGAUGCUGCAGCUGUAGAAGAAAGUCAGAAGCAGAGUCCUGAGAUGGACUCUGGCCAUGAGGCUGGGCAGUCUGAAGCUGAAACAGAAGCUGAAGCAGAAAACAGAAGUGAUAUCAAAGUGGACGCUGUGACUGGGGUGGCAAGAGAAGUAAAUCCAGAUACAGAUCCCAAUUCACUGAGCAAAGAUUCACAUGGUGGGGAUAGAGAAAACCCUUGACUCACUACUUUUAUUGCAAAACCAAAAUCAUCAUUGGCAUCUGAUGGAAAAUGGGCGCUGAAAGUUGAAAGCAAGGUCGCGAUGUAGCCCCACUCUUCUGGGAGUCUCUGUCCCAGAUUUAUAAUGUGGUAAUUUGGUGCAAAAAACACUAAUAUCUCAUAGCCAGAGCACUGUCUCUCAAAGCACAAAAGGGGAGCACAUAAGGUUAUGUCUUUUCACUACUGACUUGAAAGCUAAAGAAAGCAGAGGUUAGAGGGCAUGUUGUUGUUAUCCAUUGCUUAUUAUUGAACUCGCCUGUAGGCCAUCACGCUUAAAACUGCAACAGCACCACCACACUUAAGACUGACAACAAUGACCGGAUUUUCAGAACUGAGGACUCUACCGAUAAACUAUUUGAUGUCAAAUUCUACAUGUAUGGUUUCCAUUUCAACUUUUUCGUCUGUAUUUUGGAUGCAAGUUGCUUGAAUCAUCUUUCCCUUCUGCC